AUGACAAAUGAACUAAGUAACGUGUACAUAGAUGAAGAUGGUAAUCUACAAUUUGGAGAUCAAUAUCUCGAAGAAAUUGAACAAAAGCAAGCAUCUGGUAAUUUAGGAAAAAAUACAGAUUCAUUUGAAAAAUUAUUUACAAAAUUUAUUGAAAGCUCACAAGAUUUAAAUAAACAGAACCUGAAAUAUAUUGCAGAAAAGUUUAUAAUUGAAAGAUUUACAAGUAAAAAUACUAACCCAAGCCAGUGGAUUGAUGUUUUUGAAAAAGAAUGUUUACGUUUCGAUAUUACGGAAGAUGAGAAAAAAAUUGAGAUACUCAGACUAUUCAUGGAUAAAAGUUGCGCUGAUUGGUAUAGUUCUAUGAUUAUAAAAUUAACACUAAACUCAGAGUGGUCUAUAUGGAAAAAUAAAUUCUGUGAAUCAUUUGCAAAUCAAGGCUGGAACCAAGUGACUUAUGCGUCGUUAUUUAAGUACAAGGAUGGUUCAUUGGUGGAUUAUGCUAUAAAAAAAGAAAAACUUUUACUGGACAUGAGAACAUCAAUAGGUACAGGUACUCUAGUGGAUCUUAUUGCAGCUGGAUUGCCAGGCUUUGUUCUAGAUAAGAUAAAUAGACAAUCAAUGGAAGAUACAGUAGACUUAUUCAAUGAAGUAAGAAAGUAUGAACAUUUGAUGAAUAAAAAUAAGAAUGGAGUUUACACGAGAUACGAAAAUCAGAAGAUAUAUAACAAAAUUGAGGAACGUACUGCAUGCAAAAUAUGUGAACGGUUAAAUAAAGGUAUACGCUACCAUCCAGAGGCUGCAUGUUAG